CCUGUAUGGAGGUUUUGCUCGCAGCACCGAAGCACGAAGAGAGCGCUGCAGCCGACAGUCUGGUCGCCGAGCUCGGGCGAUGGCAGCGCAGCAGCCAGCCGUAGAGCGGGAGCUGCUACCUCGCACGUGACCACGCCCACGCCGCCGAUCAUCCCUGCAGGCCGCCGCACAGCCGUGUGCCGCGCCCGUCCUGCUGCUGCUGCUGCGCGCGCGCUGCAGCAGGUGUUGGUCUACGCAGAGCCGAGAUUAGUUCCUCGUUCUCCUCUCUCCUCACUCGUCACACCCCUCUAGUCUGCCGCGGACGUUCCUGACUUCCACCACCGCCGCCUCGUACUCUCACUCGCUCCGGCCUGUCCUUCGCGCGCCGCACCGCUGGCACGCUCCCCAGCCCUUCUCCACCUCAGCCCCCCCACCCUCGCUCGCCCAGCAUGUCCGGACUGCGCGACAUGUCUCGCCGGCAAGACUCGUACAAGAACAAGGGCCAGUUCAAGAGCGACGAGCUGCGCCGCCGCCGCGAGGAGGCGCAGGUCGAGAUCCGCAAGCAGAAGCGCGACGAGAGCAUGGCCAAGCGGCGCAACCUCAACGCCGUGCCCGACGCCAGCGGCGGCGAGACGGACGACGAGGAGCUGCUGGCCGGCGCGUCGGAUGCGCAGCUCGAGGCGCAGCUGCCCGAGAUGAUCGCCGGCGUCAUGUCCGACAACCUCGACGCGCAGCUCGACGCCACGACCAAGUUCCGCAAGCUGCUCUCCAAGGAGAAGAACCCGCCCAUCGAGCGUGUCAUCGCCUGCGGCGUCGUGCCGCGCUUCGUCGAGUUUCUGCGCUCGCCGCACAGCCUCGUCUCGUUCGAGGCGGCCUGGGCGCUCACGAACAUUGCGUCGGGCACGUCGCAGCACACGCAGAUUGUGAUUGACCACGAGGCGGUGCCGGUGUUCAUCGAGCUGCUCUCCUCGCCCGUGCUCGACGUGCGCGAGCAGGCCGUGUGGGCGCUGGGCAACAUUGCCGGCGACUCGCCGCGCUGCCGCGACUACGUCCUCUCCAAGGGCGCCCUUGGCCCGCUGCUGGCGCUGCUCAACGAGAACCACAAGCUCAGCAUGCUGCGCAACGCCACCUGGACGCUCAGCAACUUCUGCCGCGGCAAGCAGCCGCAGCCCGACUGGCAGCUGGUCUCGCCCGCCCUGACGAUCCUGACGAAGCUCAUCUACUCGAUGGACGACGAGGUGCUCAUCGACGCCUGCUGGGCCAUCUCGUACCUCUCCGACGGCGCCAACGAGAAGAUUCAGGCGGUCAUCGAGUCGGGCCUGUGCCGCCGCCUCGUCGACCUGCUCACGCACCCCUCGACGGCCGUGCAGACGCCGGCGCUGCGCUCCGUGGGCAACAUUGUGACGGGCGACGACAUGCAGACGCAGGUGAUUGUGGCGAGCGGCGCGCUGCCGCCGCUGCUCUCGCUGCUGAGCUCGCCCAAGGACGGCAUCAAGAAGGAGGCCUGCUGGACCAUCUCCAACAUCACGGCCGGCAGCAGCACGCAGAUCCAGGCCGUCAUUGAUGCCAACAUCAUCCCGCCGCUCAUCAACAUUCUCAGCCGCGCCGACUUCAAGACGAAGAAGGAGGCAUGCUGGGCCAUCAGCAAUGCCACCAGCGGCGGCCUGCAGGAGCCGGCGCAGAUCCGCUACCUCGUGUCGCAGGGCUGCAUCCGGCCGCUGUGCGACCUGCUCAAGAGCCUCGACAACAAGAUCAUCCAGGUCGCCCUCGACGGCCUCGAGAACAUCCUCAAGGUCGGCGAGCAGGACAAGGUGGCCGCCGGCGCCGGCGCCGUCAACCAAUAUGCCCUCUACAUCGAGGAGUGCGGCGGCAUGGUGACGAUCCACAACCUGCAGCACCACGAGAACCUGGAGAUCUACAAGAAGUGCUACUUCAUCAUGGACCAGUACUUCCCCGACGAGGAGGAGGCGGAGGAGACGGGCGUGGGCGCGCCGCAGGUCGACGAGACAGGCAGCUUUGCCUUCCAGUCCAACCUCGCCGGCCCCUCGGGCGGCUUCAGCUUUGGCGCGCCCGCUGCCCCGGGCGCGGGAGGCGACUCGAUGGCGCAAUAAGCGGCGCACCAUCACCAUGGGACUGGGCGGAUCUGUGGAGAGAGACGAGAGAUUGAGAUGUAUAUCUGUGAAGCCAUGCGUGGGCGGGGCUUGAGAGAGUUAGGCGUGAGGUGUUUGGGUCCUGGGCGGCAUGGAGUGAGGUGCACAAGCUUCAGGCCCCGCAGCGCGAGCGAGGUGGAGGUGCACAGCGCACGGCGAGGCGGUGUCGCUCACCCUCACCCCUAACCUCUGCGCACCUCAUGGUCCUGCAGCGGCUCAGCAGUUGACGACAGAAUGUGCAUCUAUUCACCAG